AUGUGUGCUUCUGUCCAUAUUGCAAUGCUCUAUGUAUCCCGUUUUAUCAUGGGUAUAGGAAUUGGGAUGAUCGUUAUGUUGAUUCCUUUGUGGCAGACAGAAAUAGCACCACCAGAGGCAAGAGGACUAUUGGUUGGUAUCCAUGGUACUAUGAACAUUAUGGGAUACUCUCUCUGUAACUGGAUUGACGUUGGAUUCUACUUCUGUGCUGAUAAAAAGGCAAAUUGGAGAGUUCCUCUUGCCAUUCAGAUGCUAUGGCCCAUCAUCUUAGGUUGCGUUAUUCGGUAUAUGCCUGAGUCACCUAGAUGGUUGAUUGAGCAUAAUCAACUUUCUGAUGCUCGAGAAGUUCUGCAAAGUCUGCGCCCGGAUCUUGAUGAUGAUAACUUCAAGGUCAUGGUAGAGCAGAUUGCCAAUGAAAAUCAACAUACUUCUUGGAGAUCUCUCUUCACUGUCCCGUCGUACAGGAAGAGGCUAUUUGUGGGAUUUAUGGCAAUGAUUGGUGGCCAAGCUACUGGAACUUUGGUUGUGACAAACUACGGACCAACUAUCUAUGGAAAUCUUGGAUUUAGUAGUUUGGAUCAAUUAUUGCUAUCAGCCGGCUACAUCACUUCAGGUGUUUUCCUUAACCUUGGAUGUGCUUUUUUGCUUGAUGUUGCUGGUCGUAAGACACUUCUCAUGAUCGGAUUUGCUGGAGCAGGUUGUGUUGCCAUUACUUUAGAGCUUGUGAUGGUGGCAUUGUACGCAGGUACAAACAAUGUCAAAGGCAAUGAUGCCGCCGUGUUCUUCAUUUUUUUCCACAUUUUGUUUUACGGAGGUACUACUGAUGCGACAACAUAUGUUUACGCAACUGAGAUCUGGCCAACUCAUAUUCGCUCCAAGGGUGCAGCCUUGUGUACCAGCGGUCUUUUCAUUGGAAUUUUGGCCUUCACUACUGGUGUCCAGACUGCUUUUAACACUAUUGGAUGGAAGUAUUACCUGAUUUUUGUAUGCUUGAGUUUUAUCAACUUUUGGAUUGUCUUCUUUAUUUUUCCAGAGACCAAGGGACUUUCUUUGGAGGAGAUUGGAGCGCUAUUUGGCGAGGAUGUCAAUGCCGUCGGCGGAGAUAUUCUGGAGAGAGGAGCUCCCGACACCAAACUGCUGUCCACGGUUGAAAUCAGAGAAACGAAGUCAAGCUAG